AUGUGCUACAUGAUCUAUGAUUCUCCUCUUCCUCUGUGUCACUCUGAAACCAGCCUAUGCCAUGACUCUGAACUGUCUUUUAGCCAAAGUGGUUUUGUGUUUAAAUCCGGACGUUCUUCACCUUCCUCUGGUGCUCCAGCUGUCCCAGCUAAUCUUUCUCAACCUCCUCCUCAGUCCUCUAUUCGGCAACACUCACUUACUCUUAGUGCUACGGGUGCUCAGGCUCUCUCAAUCGAUAGUUCUCCACAUCCUCCUCCUCCACCACCUUCCAUUGGUGCUCCAGCUGUCCCAUCUAAUCUUUUCAAACCUCCUCCUCUCCCUCUCUAUGUUGCUCACUCUGCUACUCGGCACUCAUUUAAAAAACAUGUGUGGGCUAUGGGUGCUCAGGCUGUCUCAAUGGAUCGUUCUCAACAUCCACAUGCUCCUCCUCCUCCUCCUCCUCCUCCAUCCAUUGGUGCUCCCAUUGUUGGUCAGUCUUUCUCAUAUGAUCCUUCUUCACCUCCUCCUCGUCCUCCUCCUCUUCCAUCCAUUGGUUCUCCCAUUGUUGGUCAGUCUUUCUCAUAUGAUCCUUCUUCACCUCCUCCUCUUCCUCUUCGUCCUCCUCCUCCUCCAUCCAUUGGUGCUCCCAUUGUUGCUCAGGGUUUUUCUGCUCCUUGUGGCACUCUCUUCGGAGCUUCUCAACCUACCAGGCACCAGUUAAUAAGGACUUCCAUGUUCUCCGGUGCAUCUGCAAAGUCUGCAGAUAAUCUGAUUGGUCCAAGCAAAGCAUCAUCAUUCUCUGAUAUCACAGCUACUAAAAGGAGAACCCGAGCUCUAUUUGGUCGAAUGGAGUUCUCUCGACCUCAGCGUUCAGCAAAAUAUCCACUCUUUGAGACAGCACGUUCUGAAGCACUGAAGCUCAGAUGGACAAAGAUCUUCCAGAUGCAGCAUUCAGAGGGCUACUGGGAGUUAACCACAGAGCUGGGAGAAUUAAUAAACGUCGAUGUAGAUCUCUUUGCCAACGUGUUCCUGAAAAGCAAGGGCAUCCAUUCUCUAGGUGCGAGGGCCCAUGCAGACAUCCUAAAGCUGGUGGCGACUCUUCUGGUUCUGCAGCUGAUGAGGGUGAAAAGGCUUGAGGAAGGCAAACUUCUGCGCACCCUCUUCUGCCUGGACGACUCCUCUCAGACCAGGCCUGAGCGGUGGGAGGAGCUGAAGAGAGCGGUGGACUGGGUCUGCUGGGCCGACCGGCAGUACCCAUGUGUCUACAGCCGGCUGGAGUUUGGGCGGAGCUGGGAAUCCUCCACGCGUCAGCUGCUGGGCUACGAAGGCCUCCCUCCCUUCUCACCUCUCAGUGGUCUGAACCUGCAGAAGACCGCUGCCCCGUUACUGGUCCACUAAGCGGGCCAGCUGGAGGAGAAGAUGGUGUGAGGGGAUGAGAUUAUCUUUUUAGACGUAGACCCAUUUCUUUGGCCAAUGUAAAGUACUUUGAACUGUCAGUGUCUUCAAUUAAACCUUCCUAAGCCCCGCCCCUUUUAACUCUGUACUCCAAUAGCAGUUGAGCCAUUGAUCAGAACCUUUCCUGUGCUGAGAUACGCUACGUGCUAGGCUCGUCUAUGCUGGAAAGACAACCACAUUUUGAAGAUAGCUAAAAGAUAAACGCGACAUAUAUUGUCACCUCUUACGUUCGCUAGCUAAUGUUAGCAAAACGCUAGCUUACUUGCUAGCUAGUGUACAUCAGUCAUUAGCUAGCAUCUAGUUAGAUGGCCAGUUUUUAGCUAGCUAGCUAGUUAGUUAGCUUAAUAUAUGACUAUAUAUACGUUGUGAGAUAUUUGUACAAUAAAACAUGUGACGAGGGUUUGUUAUACUGGGUGUUGGAAACAAAACAGGCAUUGUGUAGGGAAAUAUUCUGCUGACACAGUCACAGGUCCUUCCUGAUUAUCUUGGUGACCUUUGCCUGCAGGUUUUAGAAUAGUCUCUAAAUGAGAAACACACUGAGCCUUAGUCAUUCACUCAAAAUUAAAUUAAAUAAUCAAUAAGCUGGUGAAGCACCCACUGUAAGUAAGCGCACCCUUUGUCCUUUUUGAUUACAUUUUAGUACCUCCAGCCUGGGAGGUGAUGGGCAGAGUGUGGACAGUGGUCAUUGCAGAAUUAUACAAAGAAACCGCCUCUGCCAAAAUAAGGACCAAUAAAGAUAGUGACACAUGUACUAAUCAGGAAGGAUGACACCCAGAAUAACAAACUCAUAAAAAAGAGGGAGCAGACUGUGCUCCUGGUGCCUGAUCCUGCGGACCUUUCGAGUGAAGCAGAUCGGACCCACAGCUGUGUUGUUUACUUAUUCUCUCAAAUAAAAGAAGUUGAGGACUACACUUCCUUUAAGGUCCUUUCUCAAACAAAGAACACAACAACGUCACUUUUAUCUUCUAACCAUCUUUAGAAUGUGGUUGUCUAUUCAACAUAGACAAGCCUAACACAAAGCAUAUCUAAGCACAGGAAAGGAGAAGCUGACCGAGCUUUCAAAAUGUGCAGAACUUAGGAAGGUCAGUUGUAACUAAAUAACAAAGAUACAGUUGCAAUUCUGCAGUAAGUAAAAUACAAAACAGUUUCUUUAAUCGGGGUAAGGUAUUUGAGAUUUCUCCAGCGAAACUUCUCCUGGAGAAAGCUCAUUUCUCCGCCAUGUAUAUGGGUAACUGGGUUUUCUUUUUAAGUUUACUUGUGUCUAUGACAGAGGCUUAAGGCAGGGACAGUGUCACUGUGAGGCCUACAACUUGACUUACAUAUACAACCAGCUUUUAUUACUUCAUUGUAUGUUAUAAGAUCAAACUGAAAAAAAUACAAUGAUAGUAGUAGUAGUAGUAGUAGUAGUAGUAAAUUACAGGGAAUGAAUAUAGAAUGGAAAAACAGGGACAGCUUAAUGCCACUUUUUCAUGUCUGAUACAGACGGACAUGAAAAAAGUACCGAUACGUGCCAAUACUGACACCAAUCCAAUACUGUCUGUUUUUCCUCUCAUAAACAACUAAGCUGUUAAUAAUACAUUUGUUUGGUUGAACUUGUUAACCUAGCCAUCUAAAAAACAUCAUGAUCAAAGUGUGAAACAAAUAUUCACUCCCAUCAAGGAUAAAACACAGCGUUCAACAUGCCUCAGUUAUUCACUACUACUGCUGCUUUUUAUUUCAGCCUUUUCACACAGAACUUUAUCAGCAUUUUUGAUUAAUCAGCACCAUUCAAACAUUAAAAAUAAAGUUUGAAUAAAUGCAUAAA